AAUACCCCCAAAAACUUACAGACAAGAUGGCAAGUGGGCAGUCCAAGCAAAUACUGAGCCUACACACGAUAGAGAAUGCACAUGUCUCUGAGAUUUUUUCUCUCGCUGUGACUCCUACCCAGAUCUUGUCAGCCUCUGGCGCCUCCUCGCUCAAGGUCCAUUCGGCCAACGAGGAAGGCUUUGGCAUAGCCCAGUCACUCUCAGCAGCUCAUAAAAUUGGCUGCCACCACCUGGCAACGGCGAAAGGGUCUGGAAGUUAUGCGGCCAGUGUUGGCUUUGGAGGAGAGGUAAAGCUAUGGCGCUACGAGGACGGAAUGUGGAAUGAGGAUUUCAAAGAUAAUGGCAAGAUAAAAGAUAUAUGGGCUAUUUCUCUGGCCGCGGAUGCACGCUACCUUGCCGGCACUACCCACGAUGGCCGUAUCAAAGUCUGGGACCUUCAGAAUAAUCUAGAGGAAUUAUGGAAUUUUGAGACAAGAGGGAGCUUUGGCAUGUGCAUUGAUAUGUCACCAGAUGGACGCUUGAUUGCAUCGGGCCAUCAAAGCGGUAGUGUUUAUGUCUUUGACGUUGCAGAAGGACGGAUGCCGUUCUCUCUUUCAGGCCUGGCCGCACCUGUUAGAGCGGUGUCGUUUUCUCCUGGAGGAAAAUUACUAGCUGCUGCUGGAGACUCCACGAUGAUUAUGAUUUACGAAACCAGCUCCGGAGAACAGUUCGCAACGCUCACAGGCCAUUCUGCCUGGGUCACAUCUUUGGACUGGAGCGAGUCUGGCGAAUAUCUUCUAAGCGGUUCUUUUGACGGCAAAGUUAAGGUAUGGUCAAUCGAGAGAAAAACAUGUGUCGCAACGCUCUCAGAGUCCGACAAGGCUAUAUGGAGCGUCAGAUGGCUGCCAAAGGUGGGAAAGGCAGAACGGUUUGCAGCUGCAGGCGCCAGCCAAAACAUUACAUUAUACCGAGAAGCUAACAGUGGCUAA